AUGAUAUUACUCAAAGGUGACUUCGUACGCUCAAUAGACAAGUUACAACAUAGAUCUAGAAUCAACUUAGCAGUAAGUAAAGGUUUGUAGAACGUACAUGUUUGAGGUAUGGUGACUGCUGGAUUCAUCUUUUUCAGCAACAAAAACUUGACACUAUAGCACAUGAAAUACAAAUAGCCGCAUUUAGCGUGAAAUAAGCGUGCAGGAACCGGUUAGCACUUUUUUCCAUCCAGCAAACCGCCCUAUCGAUUUUCUAAAGUCGUUUCUUUUUGGAUUUUUUUAUUAAUUCGGUUAGGGUUAGGGUUAGGGUUAGGGUUAGGGUUAGGGUUAGGGUUGGGGUUGAGGUUAGGGAAAGAGUAGGGGUAGGAUUUGAGUUAGUUACAUAGCCAUUUAACACCCUCUUCCAUCUUCCAAAAAUGACGUCAGGUCAGUUUGCUGGAUGGAAAAUAGUGCUAACCGCAGAAACCGUGAGUGGGAAUGUGGGAUACGCAAAAUUAUCCUAAUUUAUCCUAAGAAGAUGUUUUCGUUCGGUCCAAUGAAACACAAGUAUUACUCACAAAUACAAACGUUAUCCAUAAAUGCACAAGGCCUCUGAGGGAGAUAGGGACUCAGGAGGUCUGGAACUGGUAAUUGUGCGCGUGCGUAUGGUGUAUGGGCUAAUAAAGAAAGAUAUACCACAAGCAUGGCAUGAGUCGGCUACUACGAACACCGUGGAAAAACGUUUGCGCAUGCGUCAACAUUACUGAAAUCUGUAUUGCGAACGUGAUGUCAAGUGUUCCGAAUGUUGUCAAAAACUCAAAAUGGAAGCGACUUCGAUGUUUUGCCUUUUCUAUGAAAACGGUAGCGGAAUAAUGAACGUGACAACCUAAAAACUAGAAAUAAUAUAUUAUUGUCUAUAUGUGCAAGAAGUAGUAUUAUGCAAGAAAAUAAACCAAUGGUGACUGUCGAUAAAUUUAUUGUAUAAAACGUUCUUUAACUGAACCAUACAAUGAUAUUUUUCGUAGGUUCGGUAACUUUUUUUGCGUAGCGUGUAUAAUUUUGGCGUUGACUAUAUUCAAAGGUAAUGAGUUACUCUACAAUUAAAUCGUGUGCAAAUGCUUAACUAUUCAGUAGUUUUCUUAACUUUUGUGCUUAAGUUCGGUAUUUGACAAUUUUUCAAGCAAUGUUCACACGCCUCCCGGUCUUAAACGAUAUUUUUUAUUUAAAUUCUGUUUCUUUUUAGAUUUUAAAUGUUAGAAAACUUUUUAUUAAUGUCUAAACUACCCGUCUGGUGUAUUUUUUGUUUGUUUCAAUUACCUUAAAUAAUUAAAUAGCCAUGUCUUUGUUUAUAAUUUUGCAUUUAAAUUCCUCGCCAUCUUUUUUGUGCCCCACGCAUGCGCAGACGUUUUUCCGCGGUGUUGCUACUACGUACAUAAAUACGGAGCUUGUUACUAUGAAAACUAAAUCAAGCAAUCGAUGGCAUUUUGGCUUAAUCGUUGCACCCUGAGCCUGCGAUGCGCUAACGCAAACUGCAUUUCUCGACGACGAAAACAGAAAACAGAAAACAGAAAAUUAGGGAUUUUAGACAGUUGACCUUUCAGAUCAGUGUAAAAAGGCUCUUGAUUGCUGGAGACGAUGUACUGUAUGUUAUAGGAAAUUAACUGGGCUUUACGAGAACGAUUUUUGAAGUCGAUGCGACUAAUUCGGGAUAAUUAAAGGGGAAGUGCCCUGCUUUCUCUAUUUUUUCUCAUUAUUAAGUAUAUGUAUAUCAAGCAGAUGGAAUCACCCCAAAUCAACCCAGAAAAGUCAAUUACACAUUGUACUAGUGGUAAGCAACCUUGUUUCUCAAUUUAAUACAAUAUUUUAGGGUUUUUGACAUUAUAUAUUCUGUCAUAGUAAGCUAAUAUAAAAAUACAAAUAUACUUCAACCACAUGAGAGUUUUGGAUGUCUGUGGCACAAUUUAUAGAAAUACGUACGUUUAAAGUGGCGAGCAAGCCCAAUUAGAAGCCAUAGGCUUUUAAAGGCUUUUAAAUACAUUGGCUCCUUAUAAUAUUGUAAUAUAGUUCACUAAUUACAUCGAUUUUGAAGAGGUAUAGAAAGAGAGUAAAUGAAUGAAUGAGACUGGUAUAAAAUUGGUUUGUAUUAGUCUACAAUUGGUUAUCGUUCUUUCGAUAAACUCACUUUCAUUAAUUAAAAUUUUGUUCUAUGAAAAAAAUUGCGUUUUCCUCCAAAUGCAAAACGGAAGAGUUUUGUUGGCCUGGAUACAUCUUCCCAGUUUUUAAAUAGUUUUCCGAAAACAAGAAUAAUGUAUAUAUCACAAAGUCUCAAAGAAAAAUAAAAAACAAGAUACAUAUUGCCCUAGGGAUAACAGUUUUUAUUUCCAUGACAAUAAGAGUAUUUACACAUAUGUCUGUCUUGUUGUAGAUAUUUUUGUAGACAUGUCUGUCUUGUUUUAGAUAUUGACGAAUGCGAAGAAGUCAAAUGUCAUGCAAGUGCUACCUGUGUCAACAAUCCAGGAUCGUUUGUCUGUAAUUGUAAUCCAGGUUUUAUUGGUGAUGGCGUAAGCAGGUGUUCAGGUAUAAAGAACUAUCUAGUGAUCAAGUGUUUUACGACCCAGUGCCAUGCUAAGAUGCUGUACAAUCUUUGCGUUGAUCCAGUUUUUAAUUUAAUUUUGGCGCUUGUUAUUUCCAGAAAGCCGUUACGGUACAUUGCGUUCUCGUUACGAUGGUCAACUCAUUAGAGACCUUACGAUGUGAAACGGCAACGUGACGACGCCGAGAUUCAAUGAGAUUCAUAAUAAUUAAGAAAAUGAAUAAUUAAUAUACCCCGGAGCUUGAGACGAUCUGUUUACAACGGGAAACUACAGACUUUUACGUAUUGGAUAAAACGCCUGCAAAUUUCAAGAAGCGAGAUACUGUACGAGUCUCAGAAAAUUAGCUUAAUAAUACAGAAGAACUUUCUCAACAAUAAAGCCACUAUUUCAAGCUAACCAAACAGUAUUAAAUUCAUACGAUCAACAAUAGUCUACAGGCUUUCUUUACAAUCGUUUAUUUGAAUGAUUUUAUUCUGACCGUUGCCGUUGCGUUGCCGUUCUACAUCGUAUAAUGUUCUCUACUAUAUCAAUAUACCAGACAAGUUUCUAGACGAAUGAGUAAUGCACUCGUUAUCCAUGGAUAGCUCUAUGAAAUGGAUGGUGGUAUUUCCAAGUUUCAUAAGUUAUCUACUUAUUGUCAAUAACCUAGAUUAAACUUUAACGUUUCUAGAUAAAUAAUAGUUUCUUUUUAUUGAUUUUUACGUCCAUAUCCAUAGGUUUCUAACUUUCCAACCACUUUUACGAAGGUUUGGAAAAUCAUUAUGUGGGGCAUAGCAUUAUUAUAUGGCUUUACACUCCAUGCAUCAUGGGCUUUAACAGUAUUCUUUAUAUGCUCUAGCAGCUACUGAAACUAUUCGGCUAAACGUUUUGCUUUUCCGUGCUAAGUAUACUUUUUGUUGGUUGAGUGGGUGGAGAUUACUGAGACGAGCACUGAAAAUAGGUUUUUUUUGUGAAAAGCUAUCUUGUUUCUUUUUAGAUAAUUGCCAAAUACCCUAUUUAUUAUUCUCCACAUCAUCGGGGACGUUCUUCUAUAAUACAGAAGAAUCUACAAGUAGCCCAUUUAUGUUCAAUAACCGCGCAAAUGCCUUAAUGUCGUUUGAUGGUAUGAACAAACGGUUGUAUUUCCAUACAGCGAAUGAUAAAAUUACAAGUUAUAACUUGGAUGGUUCAGAUUUGAUAUUUGAGAUUACAAUUGUCAAUCAUAAUGUGGAAUUUUUUUCUGUGGAUGGCCGGAAUAAUUUGAUAUAUUAUCAUGACUCACUUCAAGACAGAAUAUUUGUGUACAAUAUCACAAGUGGUCAAAGUGCUUCAGUUGGAGCUCUGUCAGGUGUUUCUGGUAUGAAAGAUAUGGAAAUGGACAUACCCAAUGGGUAA